UACUGGCUGUAAAAAUCAGCUGGGGUACAAGGAGGAGGUCUCAGAUGGGAGGGGCCAGCAUGGAGGUGAUAAAUGCAGAAACAAGAGGCCUGAGCUUCAGUACCUUAUCAGUCACAGACUGGGAAGGAAGCAGCUUUUCCUGGAUUGGAACAGAACUUUGAAAAGUCCAGGAUAAUGAAGCUGCAGCAAGAAACUGACGAUGCAGCAAGCAAGAGAAAGCUGAUAAAAUCUCAGCUGGAAAAACGUCGAAGGGAGAGAAUGAACCGCAGUCUGGAGCGUCUGAGGACCAUGUUGCUCCAGGAGCCUCAACAAGGUGGGACGCAGCACAGAGCGGAAAAGGCUGAGAUUCUGGAGCAUACGGUUCUCUUCUUACAAAGAAAUGCCAGAGAACACAAAGAAAAAAACGGAGGCCAGAAAUACUCCUUCCAGGACGGCUUCUCCAGCUGCCUACAGAGGGCGUCUCACUUCCUCGGGCCUGAAGGGAAAGGCCUGUGGCUCGGACCGGUCCUGGACGCCACCUUUUCCUCUCGCUUCCCGCUCUCAGACAGCCCUUCUGCAGACACCUGGGUCAGAACCUCCGUCUCCAUGACCCACACCAAGUCCCUCCUCCAGAUGCUAAGGCUGAGGUCCAGGUCCAAUCAGCCCACACAGGCCUCUGGAGCCAGCAGCUCAGCUCAUCAUCACACUUUCUCAGACCAGCAGAGUUUUCUUGGAUUUCCUCAGCAGCCUCAGAGUGGAGGUGGGCUGGAGAUGGGAGCGGAUAGACCGGGGGGCAAAGAGGGGUCGUCCCAGAGCGGGACCCUGAGCCAGACUUUAUGGAGACCCUGGCCAUGAUCAAUGGGCAGCGCCUUUAGAACUUUCCACACCUAACCACCCUUCCAUUUAAACUGGUUCCAUUUCCAUGUUGCAAAGAAUUUCCCAUUCCUUUUACGUCUUUAAGAUCAAACAUGAAAUCCUGUAAAUAAUGUAAAAAAAAAAAAAAAGAGGUCAUGAUUUGUAUCUGUGCUGUAGUAUUUUUGAUAAGGUUGACUCACUCUUGCUGUACCUCAGUUAGUGUGGCGGCCAUGUUGUCCUCUGGCAGGGAUUCUCCUAGACCAGGUCCUGAUCUGGAUCCUCCAGGCAGCCUGCCUGGCGUUGCUGCUGUGCUGAAGAGCAAGUGAAGAGGUGAGUAUCCCGGAGCUUUUCCUCUCUAACAGUGUCUUUAGAAAAAGUAGCCUGUGUGAUUUUAAAUCAGUCGCCCUAAUGUGGAUAAUGAUCCAGUGUCCAUCCGUCACAUUUCCAGGUGUGGAACCUGGAGAUUUGAGUUUGGGAGAGAGAGAGCCUUCUGUUUUCCAUCUAAGUGCUGUCAUAUCUGCCGGCACAAGCGACAUCUGUGGCUCAAAAUAACUCGCAUCCCUUCCCACAGAUAUUCACAUUUUAUCUUGUCUGUUUUGCACACUAAUUUAUUCUGCUUGUCUCCCUAUGGUGAGCGUUAUUUUGUUUUAUAUAUAUAUAAAGAAAGCAAUAAAAUGUUUGUUAAA